CGAGCCGUCGGCCGCCCUCGGCAACCGCCCCCAACGGCCGCCCGCGAGCCGCGGGGCUGGGCCCCUCGCUCCUCCCCUCGGGCCCACGGUCGCCAGGCGCUCUCCUCGUCGCGCCUCGCACUCUGGCACCUCGCGGGCACGCGGGUGAGCGGCGGCGCCGCCAUGCGCGCCCAGUCGCGGGCUGCACACCGGCCUAGGCGCGGCGGCCCGAGAUAGGGCCCCCUGAGGCUCCCGGGGGAGGAGAGGAGCCAGCCGCGCGCUCCGCCCCCUCCCCCAGGGUUGCGGGCGCCGCCGCCGCCGCCGCCACCGCCACCGCCACCUCGCCGCCCCAGCCUGGCGGGGACGAGGAGGAGGAGGAGGAGCAGUAGCAGGCCUCCGGGCCCCCGCACCGCCGCCCGCAGGAUAAUUCUGAUUCAUUGCAUCCUUGAAGAGCAUCCAUAGAAGAGGGGGAAAAAAGAUGGGUGUGAAAACAUUUACUCACAGCUCCUCUUCCCACAGCCAGGAAAUGCUGGGAAAACUAAAUAUGCUACGAAAUGAUGGACAUUUUUGUGAUAUCACUAUUCGUGUCCAGGACAAAAUCUUCCGAGCUCACAAGGUGGUACUAGCAGCUUGCAGUGAUUUCUUUCGAACCAAACUUGUGGGACAAACAGAGGAUGAGAACAAAAAUGUGUUGGAUCUGCAUCAUGUUACAGUGACUGGUUUUAUACCCCUUUUAGAAUACGCUUACACGGCCACUCUGUCAAUUAACACGGAAAAUAUUAUUGAUGUUCUAGCUGCAGCCAGCUAUAUGCAAAUGUUUAGUGUUGCUAGUACCUGCUCAGAGUUCAUGAAAUCAAGUAUUUUGUGGAAUACACCUAAUAGUCAACCAGAAAAGGGCCUAGAUGCUGGACAAGAAAAUAGUUCCAACUGCAAUUUUACUUCUCGAGAUGGGAGCAUUUCUCCAGUGUCUUCAGAGUGCAGUGUUAUGGAAAGGACCAUUCCUGUCUGCCGAGAAUCCCGGAGAAAACGCAAAAGCUACAUUGUUAUGUCUCCUGAGAGUCCUGUAAAAUGUAGCACACAAACAAGUUCCCCCCAGGUAUUGAAUUCUUCAGCUUCCUAUGCAGAAAAUAGAAAUCAGCCAGUUGACUCUUCUUUAGCUUUUCCAUGGACUUUCCCUUUUGGAAUUGAUCGAAGGAUUCAGCCUGAGAAAGGGAAGCAGGCAGAAAAUACCCGGACUUUAGAAAUGCCUGGCCCAUCUGAGGCAGGUAGAAGAAUGGCUGAUUAUGUGACUUGCGAGAGCACAAAAACUACCUUGCCUCUAGGUACAGAAGAAGAUGUCCGGGUCAAAGUAGAAAGAUUAAGUGAUGAGGAGGUUCAUGAGGAAGCAUCCCAGCCUGUCAGUGCAUCUCAGAGCUCAUUGAGUGAUCAGCAGACAGUGCCGGGAAGUGAACCAGUGCAAGAGGACCUUCUGAUUAGUCCACAGUCUUCCUCUAUAGGCUCAGUAGAUGAAGGAGUCGCAGAGGGGUUGCCUACACUUCAGAGCACUUCUAGUACCAAUGCUCAUGCAGAUGAUGACGACAGAUUGGAAAAUGUUCAGUAUCCCUACCAACUCUACAUUGCUCCUUCUACCAGCAGUACAGAACGACCAAGUCCAAAUGGUCCAGACAGACCUUUUCAGUGUCCUACCUGUGGGGUUCGAUUCACCCGUAUUCAGAACUUAAAACAGCACAUGCUUAUCCACUCAGGAAUUAAACCAUUUCAGUGUGACCGCUGUGGAAAAAAGUUCACCAGGGCUUACUCGCUAAAGAUGCAUCGCCUAAAGCAUGAAGGUAAACGCUGUUUCCGGUGCCAGAUAUGUAGUGCCACUUUCACUUCCUUCGGGGAAUAUAAACACCAUAUGAGGGUUUCCCGGCACAUUAUCCGCAAGCCUCGGAUUUACGAGUGCAAAACAUGUGGCGCCAUGUUCACCAACUCUGGAAAUUUAAUCGUGCACCUGAGGAGUCUGAACCAUGAAGCAUCAGAGCUAGCAAACUACUUCCAGAGCAGUGAUUUCUUAGUACCGGACUACUUAAACCAGGAGCAAGAAGAGACCCUUGUUCAGUAUGAUCUUGGAGAACACAGUUUUGAAAGCAACUCUUCCGUUCAGAUGCCUGUGAUUUCACAGGUCUCCUCAACCCAGAAUUGUGAAAGCACUUUCCCCUUGGGGUCUCUUGGUGGGCUUGCAGAAAAGGAGGAGGAAGUGCAAGAGCAGCCAAAGACCAGUGCUCAUGCUGAGGCUACCAGAGAUGACCCCCCUAAGUCAGAGCUGUCUUCUAUAAUGAUUGAGUAAUUCUGUGAUUUGGCCUUGGUUGGGUUUUUGGAAAGUGCCUGUGCUUUGUUUUCUACGUUUAAAUUUAAAUUUUUAAACAAAGAAGGGUUCCAUUUGUAAGCCCAGAAACUGGAGGGUUGCUUUAUUUUUUGUUUUGUUUUUCAUAGAUGAGAGAUUGCUUUUUCGUGUGUACAGUAAGGUAACAUUGAAACAGAACAUGAACUCUGAGACUUAAGGAAAAGCAGCUGAUUUAAAACAUGGCAGUUCUUCCUCCCAUUGUUAAAAGUGGGCAGCAGCAGAUACAGAAGAAAUCAGGUGGUUGUUGCCCUUCCUGAGAUGAGAGGGCUCAUGAGAAGUUACUAAACAGAAUUUGACAAUUUCUAAGUAAAUGUUUACUCCUAGAUGCAGAAGUAAACAUUCCUGUAAUUUUUGAAGUAUUUAACAAUAAUUUUUUUCAAAUGAAGGUAAAUAACUUAUGAAAUCCAGCAUAUUCUUUUUUUUUUUUUUUAAGCCAUUUUGAAUUUUCAUGGUGAAAAAUUAGUAUCCGGCAGGCAUUUCCUGUACCUUUAUAGUGUCACUCCAAAGGCUAAGAGGUGUGAUUGAGAGAAUCAGGCUGUGCAUGGAAUGGCCAGGGUGCAAAAUGAGGUCUGUAUACCCCAGCUUUUGUAGGAAUUUUCUUCUUACUGGUUUUCUUACUAGAAUGAAUGUCUACCCGGUCUUUGAAUGCUGAUACUUGGAUAACGAGGACGUUGCCCAGAUAAGUUUCCUCUCGUCCCAUCAACAGUACUUUCAUUUGCAUAUACUAUUGUGCUGCCAUAGAAAAGAAAAAUAUUGAAGAUAUUCUAUAUUUUAUAUAUAGGUUUAUGUAUUGUUGGGAUGUUUAUGCUGUGCUGUUUUGGACAAAAUAAAAGAAUUCUGUUUUGAGGCUACAUUCUUAACCCAAUUAAGAUUGUUUACAAGAUCACAUAUGACAACAGUACAUUGUCCUUAUUCCAAAAUACUUUGAGGUAUUGCCACGUUUGUUAAAAGUGGGUUAUUAUAGUUUUCAUGGGAUAUAAGCAAUAAUGUAAAAGAAGAGGUUGUAAAAUGAUCAUCUCUGACUCAGAAAUUGGGGGAGGGAUUGUUAAAAUCUAAAAACUUUGCUACUCGAUAAAAUUUAUAGAUUGGGGUAUACUUUUUUAUCUGGUACUAUUAAAGCCUCUUUGAUUUGAAAUAUUCAUGAGUCCAUGAGUAAUGAACUUUUGAGUAAUUUUUCUUUAUAGAAAAUUGCCCCAAGGUUCAUCAUUAUGAUAGCCCCUGAUGGGGUUAGAAAAUAAAAACAAUCUAUGUUUUUUGUUUGA